GACCCGAUAACAUGGCCGCCACCCCGUAAGCGCCGCCGGUGCCGGGCGCGAAUGGUAGCGUGAGCCUUUAGGCGGCAGGGGUCAGUUGUGCAGAGCGAGAGGGGCGUCUGGGCUGGGGUUCCGAAGUGACGCGCGGCGGCGGAGCGAGGCCGGCGGUCCUGGGGCGGCGUGGUCCAUGAGCCGGCACCGGCGGCUGCUUGGAGCCGCAGACCCCGGUGGCCCCGGCGCGGUCCCGGCUGCCGCGGGCUGAGGAGCCGGAGGCUGCAGGACUCCCUCGAGGCUCACCACCAUGAACCCAGAGAAGGAUUUCGCGCCGCUCACGCCCAACAUCGUGCGGGCCCUCAACGACAAGCUGUAUGAGAAGCGGAAGGUGGCGGCGUUGGAGAUCGAGAAGCUGGUGCGAGAGUCUGUGGCGCAGAACAAUGCCGUGCAGAUCAAACACGUCAUCCAGACCCUGUCCCAAGAGUUCGCCCUGUCCCAGCACCCCCACAGCCGGAAAGGGGGCCUCAUCGGCCUGGCCGCCUGCUCCAUCGCUCUGGGCAAGGACUCAGGGCUCUACCUGAAGGAGCUGAUCGAGCCAGUGCUGACCUGCUUCAACGACGCCGACAGCAGGCUGCGCUACUACGCCUGCGAGGCCCUCUACAACAUCGUCAAAGUGGCCCGCGGUGCCGUGCUGCCCCACUUCAACGUCCUCUUUGAUGGGCUCAGUAAGUUGGCUGCUGACCCAGACCCCAAUGUGAAAAGUGGAUCUGAGCUCCUAGACCGCCUAUUGAAGGACAUUGUGACUGAGAGCAACAAGUUUGACCUGGUGGGCUUCAUCCCCUUGCUGCGGGAGAGGAUCUACUCCAACAACCAGUACGCGCGCCAGUUCAUCAUCUCCUGGAUCCUGGUUCUGGAGUCAGUGCCGGACAUCAACCUACUUGACUACCUGCCAGAAAUCCUGGAUGGACUCUUCCAGAUCCUGGGGGACAAUGGCAAAGAGAUUCGGAAAAUGUGUGAGGUGGUUCUCGGGGAGUUCUUGAAAGAAAUCAAGAAGAACCCCUCAAGUGUCAAGUUUGCGGAGAUGGCCAACAUCCUGGUGAUCCACUGUCAGACCACGGACGAUCUGAUCCAGCUGACAGCCAUGUGCUGGAUGCGCGAGUUCAUCCAGCUGGCUGGCCGGGUGAUGCUGCCCUACUCCUCGGGGAUCCUGACCGCAGUCCUGCCCUGCCUGGCCUACGACGACCGCAAGAAAAGCAUCAAGGAGGUGGCCAACGUGUGCAACCAGAGCCUGAUGAAGCUGGUGACCCCCGAGGAUGAUGAGCCGGAUGAGAUGAAGCCAGGGGUGCAGAGGCCAGUGGAAGGCAACCCUGAUAGCUCCUUGGCGAGGCAGGAGGCAUCAGCCACUGCAGGUGCGGAUGGCUCGUAUGACUCCAGCUUCAGUAGCAGCGUCAGUGUCUUUACUCCAUCCAGUGCUGAGAGAGCCCCAAUGACCCUUGACCUCGACGGGAUCGUGCAGGUGCUAAACUGCCACCUGAGUGACACGGCCAUCGGCAUGAUGACCAGGAUCGCUGUCCUGAAGUGGCUGUACCAUCUCUACAUCAAAACUCCCCGCAAGAUGUUCCGACACACGGACAGCCUCUUCCCCAUCCUGCUGCAGACACUGUCAGAUGAAUCCGAUGAGGUCAUCCUGAAGGAUCUGGAGGUGCUGGCAGAAAUUGCUUCAUCCCCCGCAGGCCAGACAGACGACCUAGGACGCCCUGAUGGCCCAGACCUCCGGGCCAGCCACUCAGAGCUGCAGGUGCCCAGCCCAAGCAGAGUGGGCCUACUGAACACACCUGGUACCAAAGGCUUAGAAUGUUCUCCUUCCACACCCACCAUGAAUUCCUACUUCUACAAGUUCAUGAUCAACCUCCUGCAGAGGUUCAGCAGUGAGCGGAAGCUCCUGGAGGCCCGAGGUCCCUUCAUCAUCAGGCAGCUGUGCCUCCUGUUGAAUGCAGAGAACAUCUUCCACUCGAUGGCCGACAUCCUGCUCCGGGAGGAAGACCUCAAGUUUGCCUCAACCAUGGUCCACACCCUCAACACCAUCCUGCUCACCUCCACCGAGCUCUUCCAGCUGAGGAACCAGCUCAAGGACCUGAAGACCCUGGAGAGCCAGAACCUGUUCUGCUGUCUGUACCGUUCCUGGUGCCACAACCCAGUCACCACGGUGUCCCUCUGCUUCCUCACCCAGAACUACCGGCAUGCCUACGACCUCAUCCAAAAGUUUGGGGACCUGGAGGUCACUGUGGACUUCCUCACAGAGGUGGACAAGUUGGUGCAGCUGAUCGAGUGCCCCAUCUUCACCUACCUGCGCCUACAGCUGCUGGACGUGAAGAACCACCCAUAUCUGAUCAAGGCCCUGUACGGCCUGCUCAUGCUGCUGCCCCAGAGCAGUGCCUUCCAGCUGCUGUCACACCGGCUCCAGUGUGUGCCCAACCCUGAGCUGCUACAGACACAAGACGGCUCUCAGGCAGCCCCCCAGUCGCAGAAGGCCGGCCCCGCCAGCAUCGACUAUGCAGAGCUGCUACAGCACUUCGAGAAGGUCCAGAACCAGCACUUGGAAGUGAGGCACCAGCGGAGCGGGCGCGGGGACCACAUGGACCGCAGGGGGGUUCUCUGACAGGCCCGGCCAGGAGAGGCCUGAGCAAUGGCCCCAUGACACACUCAGGGUCCUCGGGCCUUCCCCACAAGGACUUGAGGACCUGUCCCUUGGGGGCAAGGCUGGAUCUGACCACCAGCCAAGGCCGGGGUGG